AGGACCCAAACUUUAGCUAGUAGCCAUAGCUGUAGCACAAUAGCUAAGCAACCAGUAUUCCAAAUUAAAGCUGUCGGGAGGCUGUUAUCUUGUAUAUCGUUCAUUUCGACGUUGAUAUGAGGCUGUAGGAAGAAUUUAUAAAUAAAGUGUUGAGGAAUGGUCUGACUGCAGCAGGACCAGUAAAGAUGCACAGCCGUCUGCAGGAGCUGAAGAAGGAAGAGGAGACUCUCCUCAAAAUCAAAGUCAUGCUACAAGACCAGCUGAACAGGUUGAAGUUUGAAGAAGGGGCCUUGAAAUCUAUCAUCAACGCUCAAACAGAAGAAGGAGCCUCACAACGCUCACCCCCAGACACUGAGGUUCACAUUAACCUUGAUGAUGAGAGCGAGAUCAAUCGAACCAAACUGCUACUGAAUGCCGCUGUAGAUUAUGACAUGGAAGAGGAGGAAGAGGAGGAGGAUGAUGAUGAUAAGGAGGAUGAUGAAGAGGAUGAUGAAGAUGAUGACAAUGAGCUUGAGUUUGUGCCUGAAGAGGAGGAGGAUGAUGAUGAUUACUGAGAUUCUCAAUGUUUCAAGGGGCUUCAAUAUUUGCACCACUGAAGAAGAACCACAUGUAAACGGACAUCUGUUUAUGUGUUGACCUGUUUUGUAUUAUCACUUAGGAAGUUUAAUUUAUUUGGAUGGAGUAAGUAACAGUUACAGCGUAAAAUGAUGUCUGGUGCUUACAGUAUCCGCUCCUUCGCCUGAUUUAAGGCACGUCAUCCAGAUUUCAAAUUAUGUUAGAAUUCAUGUGUCAAAUUUUGUGAGACAUUUCUCACUGAAAUGCAGUAAGACAGUGUUACUAGGUGCUUAUAGCUUACUAGAUAUAUUGUGCAUUUUGAGGAUUAGCAUUAAAAUGUAUGGCUGGGCCAUAUAAGAAGAUAGUGUGUAUGCGUUAUGUAAGAAAUGAUAAUCGUAAGCACAAAAUAAAAUGUUUUGCAUAGGGUUCACCUGACUGAUUU